AUGUCACAGGCACAGGAGAAAGACCUCAAAAAUGACAUUAUUGUCGCUGAGAGCGGAGGCGAGUCCCCCGUGAGGUUGAAGGAACCGUACGAUGCGGGAGCAGAUCAGCAGGUGUACACUGAGCCGAAAAAGACAUGGAAGUCAUUCUUCUGGUCAUCGCUCGAUGUGCCACAUGAUGAAGCCCGUUUCCUCACCAAGCUUGACCUGACGUUAAUUUCCUCGUCCGCCUUGGGUGUUAUGUGCCGCUACCUUGACCAAGUCAAUAUCACCAACGCCUUCAAUAGUGGUAUGAAGGAGGACCUCUCGCUGUAUGGAAAGGAGCUCAACUACGCCACCGCAAUCUGGAGCGCGGCGUACGUCUUUGGGCAGAUUCCUUCGAAUUUGCUCCUUACCCGGGUCAACGCUCCUCUGUAUAUCGCGUUUCUAGAGUUCGCUUGGACCGUCUUCACAUUUGCCCAUGCUGGUGUAAAAAACGUCAACCAGCUCUAUGUCUUCCGCUUUUUUGUUGGCUUGUUUGAAGCGGGCCAUUUCCCAGCGGUGAUGUACGUGUGCUCGAGCUAUUACAAGCCGCAUGAGCUGGCACGACGCAACUCAUUGAUCCAAGUCUUCACCUCGGUUGGGCCUCUUUUCUCUGGGUUUCUCAUGGCGGCAGUCUAUGCUGGGCUAAACGGGUCAAAUGGCCUAGCUGGAUGGCGCUGGAUGUAUAUUGUCUGUGGUUGCAUCUCCCUUCCUUGUGCGAUCUGGACUGCAUUUGCAAUGCCCCAGCUACCUGCUAGAGCCAAGGCAAAUUGGAUCUUCACUGAGGAAGAAGUUCAGCUGGCCCGCUCUAGGAUGCCCAGCGAGCGGAAACCUCUCACUGGACUGUUCAAGUGGAAGGACAUCAAGCGCUGGCACACUACAUGGCCCGUCUACCUCUUGAUCUUCUGGGUUAAGAGCUACAACGUCCCGGGAAAGCCGGCUGUCUUUUCAGUCGCCGAGAUCAACAUCAUCCCUCUCGGAAUCAACAUCAUCUCCAUAGUCUGUACCCUAAUCAACUCCUGGGUAUCGGAUAGCCUGCCUGGCGCAGCUAGAUGGCCGGGCAUGGUAUUCGCGAGUGUCAUGGCCAUCAUCUUCCCCAUCGCUCUGGCAGCCACACCAGUCCACCCAGCAAAUAUUGCAUCCCGCUGGGCUCUUUACUACCUCACCGCGCUGUCUGGAACAUGCGCGGGCAUAACAUGGACAUGGGUGAACGAGACAAAUCGGGACGAUCCCGAAAAGCGGGCGUAUACCUCUGCAUUGAUGAACGCAUUCGCUUACAUCUUCACUGCUUGGGUCCCGAUCUUCACCUUCCCGACCAACCUGCAGCCGUACAUCGUCACGGGCAACUACAUCACGGCCGGGUUCGGGGCGGCGGCGGCGAUAACUGCUCUCGUCAUGCGACAUUUUUACAAUCGGGAUCUCAAGUUACAGGAGAGGGACGAGUCUAAGGGUGCUUGA